UCACCACGUGUGUCCCCCCAGUGCUGGCAGGAUCAGCAGUACAGCCGCCUGCAGCUGGGGGCCAGGCUCGAGGGGCUGUGGGACCAGAUCCAGACAGCACGCAGGAACUACGCCCAGGCCACCGAGAAGAAGAAGGUGGAGCUGGAGGAGCUCAAGAAGAAGUGUGAGAGGACUUCCAGUGAGAUCAACACGCAGGCGAAGAAGCUGGAGAAGCUGCAGGUUUUGGCAGGGCUGCUGGGUGGUUGUGGGAGUGGGGUCACCCCUCAUUCCCCACUCGUUUUUCCAUGGGGUCGUGGAAUUAUUGAGGUUGGAAAAGUCUCUGGGACCAUCAAGUCCGACUGUUCUCUGAGCACUGUCAGGGCCACUGCUGAACCACAUCCACGUGGUGUUCAGCUGGUGGAGAAGGCUCAGCGCCUCCUACGCCUGGCUGAGCUGUGCCGAAGGCUGGAGACAGAAGAGGAGAAGGUGCUGCCCUUCUACCCCUCCUCGCUGGGCGAGCUGGAGCAGCAAAAAGCCCGCCUGGUCCUGGAGGAGACGGCCAGCGAGCCCCUGGCACGGGUGAUGAAGGACUACAUUGGGCUGGAGAGGUUCUGGCAGAGGUUCAACAAGGCCAAGCUGGAGGAGAAGGGGCUGGAGAAGGCACGGGCAGCCUUGGCAGCCAGGAACCAGGAGCUCAGGAGGCUCCUCCAGCAGUACCUGGCGGGGGCUACAAUCCACCAGAAGGUGCCCAAAGAUCCCCAUCCCCUCCUUGCCACCGAGCAAAAACCUCAUGCCCAGAAAUGAGGGGGGGAGCCACGCUCAGGGACACUGGGCAUGGCGAGGGCUCAACCACCAGGACCCAUUCUCGUGGCUCCACCAGCUCCAGCUGAGGCUCCCUGGCAGAGCUGCCUGGUGUUCGGGGACUCAGGGACUGUCACUUCUUGGAUGUGCCUUAAAAGAGCAAAACUGCCUGAAAAUGUGCCCCAGGGUGUUAUUUUUUGGGAUUCAUUGAGUCUGUAACCUGACAGGACCCAUCAAAGCCCUGGGCCGUCCUUGCCACCAAGCAAAAGCCUCAGAAAUGACAGGGGGAGCCACCUCAGGGACACUUGGGGAAGCUCUUGGGCAUGGUGCACCCCAAGAGGUUCUGGGGAGGGGUCAGCCAACCACCAGGAUCCCUUUCCCAGCUGAGGUUCCCUGGCAGACCUGCCUGGUGUUUGGGGAUUUAGGGAUUUCCUGGAUAUGCCUUAAAAGAGCAAAACUGCCUGAAAAUGUGCUCCAGGGUGUUAUUUUUUGGGAUUCAUUG